AGCUGAUGCCUACGGCAUCCCGGAGAGAACCAACUGCCUCGGAACGCUGUUCUCUCCCCUCCCCCCCCCCGCGCCCCAGCGACGGCCCGUUCCACUUCGCGAUCUGCGGGGUGCCCGGGUGGCGCUACGCUCGGCCUCCAGGGAGCUGCUGUGCGGUGCCGGGAAAGAGGCGGAGGCUCGCGGCACAGCUCUCCCGGCCCAGCUCUCGGGCCACCGUCACCGCCCCAGUCACGUCCCGUAGGCCGCGGCAUUCGGUGCUCGGGGAGAAAACGGGUUGAGCACGAGCGCGUUUAUUGGCUGGCGGACGGUGAGAAGCGGACGCUAAUUGGCUGACGGCGGCGCGAGGCGAACGCUGAUUGGCUGCGGCGCGCCGACGCCGGUGUUUCGCGGCCGCUGGCCGCCGGGCCGUCAAGCCCCGCUCCGGUCAUGGUGCUGGGCCGCGGGCUGCUCGGCCGCCGGAGCCUCGCCGCGUUGGGAGCCGCCUGCAGCCGCCGAGGCCUGGGUGCCUGAGGCCGCGCUGCACGGCUCGAGCGGAGGCGGCGCAGGCGCUGAGGCGGGCGCGGAGCGGGCGCGGGGCCGCGGGUGCGGAAGGCGCUAGGUCCAGCCCUGCUGGGAGUUUUCCACCACACAGACUUUCGGAAGAGGCUGACUGUGGACGAGGGCACCAUGAAGGUGGAGGUGCUGCCUGCCCUGACCGACAACUACAUGUACCUGGUCAUUGACGACGAGACCAAGGAGGCUGCCAUCGUGGACCCGGUGCAGCCCCAGAAGGUCGUGGAGGAGGCGAAAAAGCACGGGGUGAAGCUGACCACGGUGCUUACCACCCAUCACCACUGGGACCACGCUGGCGGGAAUGAGAAACUGGUGAAGCUGGAACCAGGGCUGAAGGUGUACGGCGGUGACGACCGUAUUGGGGCCCUCACUCACAAGGUCACUCACCUGUCCACACUGCAGGUGGGGUCUCUCAACGUCAAAUGCCUGUCGACACCUUGCCAUACUUCAGGACACAUCUGUUACUUUGUGACCAAACCCGGUGGCUCGCAGCCCCCAGCCGUGUUCACAGGUGACACCUUGUUUGUGGCUGGCUGUGGGAAAUUCUAUGAAGGGACUGCGGAUGAGAUGUGCAAAGCUCUGCUGGAGGUUCUGGGCCGGCUCCCCGCAGACACAAGAGUCUACUGUGGUCAUGAGUACACCAUCAACAACCUCAAGUUCGCACGCCAUGUGGAGCCUGGCAACGCUGCCGUCCAGGAGAAGCUGGUCUGGGCCAAGGAGAAGUACAACAUCGGGGAACCCACGGUGCCGUCCACCCUGGCAGAGGAGUUCACCUACAACCCCUUCAUGAGAGUGAGGGAGAAGACAGUACAGCAGCAUGCAGGCGAGACAGACCCUGUGACCACUAUGCGGGCUGUGCGCCGGGAGAAGGACCAGUUCAAGGUGCCCCGGGACUGAGGCCACCCUGCGCCUUUGGAGCAUUGGGGGAUUAGGCUCUCUUAGGUAACUGGCUUUCCUGCUGCUGAUGCAGGAAAUUCAGUCUUGAUUUAACCUUAAUUUCACAGCUCUUGGCUUGUGUUAGUGAAUGUUCUAAUGCAUAUUUAUAAGAGAAAUUUAAAAAGUAUUUAUUCCCAUAA